AUGAUGUCAGGAUUAACCAAUGGCAGGGCUGUGUGGAAACUGAGCGUUGACCAUCAGUUUAUAGACUCAAUAUUUCAACUAUUUACUGUCGGGAUUCUAUGGGGCAGCACAAAUCCAUUUCUGAAAGCUGCGACUAAUAAAGUAAAAAGAAAUAAGACACUUAAUAUAAUUUCAGAGGUCAUUGAUCAUUUAACCAAUUGGCAUUAUUUGAUACCAUUUCUUAUCAACCAAUCUGGGUCUCUAUUGUUCUAUUUCACUCUAAAAUAUUCAGACAUUUCGUUGGCUGUUCCUAUUGCUAACGGAGUUUCAUUUGUGUGUACAUCAAUUGUAGGCACAUUGAUUGGAGAGGAAAAGCCAAAAUUGCGAACUGUCAUUGGAAUACUAUUUUUACUAUUUGGUAUUUUUUGUUUAAUUAUAGAUAAGAAAAUAUAA